UGCAUCCCGGCAGCGGCAACAGCAUCCGCGUCUGGGAGGGGAGAAAGAGCUGGCACAGGCCAAGCACUGCAGCUGGUACCCGGCCCAGCUCCACCCCUCCUCCUCCCCCCAGCCUCCACCCGCUUUGUUCUCCAUCCCUCCCGUCUCCUCCAUCUCCUCUCUGCUGUUCUCGCCCCUCCGAGGGCACCAGGCCGUGCAGCCGCUGGCCUGCCCAGGGGCCCGUGCACAGCGCUUUGCAGCUAAUUUUGUGCCCUCCAGGACGAGCCCCAGGCCAAGGCUCCGGUGCCCUCCGGUGGCGUCUGAGCUGGGAUGCUGCUCUAGGGGCUGCCCAUGGUUCUCACCCUGCUCGUCUCCAUCUAUAAACUGUGCCGGUUUUUUGCCAUGUCCAGUUCGGAGAGGGCGUCGGUGCCUGAGUCCAUGAGCCGGGCGUGCUUGUGGUCCGGGUCCGGGUCCAGGGCGGGGGCUGCCUGCAACCACCGAGAAGUGUCCCCUGGGGUGAGCACGGAUGUCCAGGUGGCUCUGGAUCGGAUCCUCCCUGAUCUGCACCUGGCCAUUUCCUCCAUGAAGCAGGCAGCCGACCCUGAGGAUCUCAGGAAGGGGAUCACAGAGAUCUUCCAGCUGGUGGAGGAGGCCUGGGUGAUGCCCACCCUGGGGAGAGAUGUGGCCAAAGCUCUGUGUGACGUGAUCCGCCUGGAGGGGGGCCUGGACCUGCUGCUGAACCUGCUCCAGGCAACAGAGCUGGAAACCAAGUGCCAGGCAAGCCAACUCCUGGAGCAGAUCCUGGUGGCAGAAAACAGGGACCGGAUUGCCCGGAUUGGGCUGGGGGUGAUCCUGAAUCUGACCAAGGAGCGAGACAGCCCCCAGGUGGCACGCAGCCUCUCAGGUAUCCUGGAGCACAUGUUCAAACACACUGAGGAGACCUGUUUCCAGCUCAUUUCUGACGGGGGCCUGGACGCCAUCCUCUACUGGUGCCGCUGGACCGAUCUCGUUGUACUGCGCCACUGUGCCAUGGCCCUGGCCAACUGCGCCAUGUACGGUGGGCAAGCCAACCAGCGGCUGAUGAUCGAGAAGAACACGGCAGAGUGGCUCUUCCCACUGGUGUUCUCCAAAGAUGACGAGCUGAUCCGCCUACACGCAUGCCUGGCCAUCACGGUGCUGGCCACCAACAAAGAGAUCGAGAAAGAGGUGGAGCGGUCGGGGACCCUGGCGCUAGUGGAGCCCUUCAUCGCCUCUCUGGACCCGGAGCGGUUUGCAUGCGACUUGCUGGACAGCAGUGACAACAGUCAGGGAAGGACAGCAAAGGACCUGCAGCAGCUGGUCCCCUUGCUGGACAGCUCGCGGUUGGAGGCGCAGUGCAUCGCUCUCUUCUACCUGUGCACAGAGGCCACCAUCAAAGCCAGGCAGAAGAAAACCAAGAUUUUCAGUGAAAUUGGGGCUGCCCAGAGCCUGAAGAGGAUAGUGUGUUACUCCACCAACAGCACCGCCUCGUCGCUGGCCAAGAAGGCGCUGCGCAUGAUGGGUGAGGAGGUGCCGCGACGGAUCCUGCCCACCGUCUCCAGCUGGAAACCCACCGAGGUGCAGACGUGGCUGCAACAGACUGGAUUCAACACAUACUGCCAGAGCUUCCUGGAGCACGAGGUGGAUGGGGACUUGCUGCUGCGACUGACGGAGACGGAUCUGCGGGAAGAUCUGGGGAUGGCCUCUAGCAUCAUCCGGAAGAGGUUUUUCCGCGAGCUGACGGAGCUGAAGACAUAUGCAAUUUACUCCACCUGCGACCGCAGCAACCUGGCCGACUGGCUGGGCAGCGUUGACCCCAAGUUCCGCCAGUACACGUACAACCUGGUGACUUGUGGCAUCGACCGCAACUUCCUGCACCGUGUGACGGAGGAGCAGCUGCAGGAGGACUGCCGCAUUGAUGUGGGCUUCCACCGCGUGCGAAUUCUCUCUGCUGCCAGGGAAAUGCUUCACUCUCCCCUGCCGUGCAGUGGCUGCAAAUCCACCUCCGAGGGGCCGGACGUGUUUAUCAGCUACCGACGGAGCACUGGCUCCCAGCUGGCCAGCCUGUUGAAGGUCCAUCUGCAGCUGCAUGGCUUCAGCGUGUUCAUAGAUGUGGAGAAGCUGGAGGCGGGGAAAUUUGAGGACAAGCUGAUCCAGAGCGUGAUGAGCGCCCGCAACUUCGUGCUGGUUCUCUCGCCAAACACGCUGGAUAAGUGCAUGGGGGACCCUGACCGCAAGGACUGGGUGCACAAGGAGAUCGUGACGGCCCUGAGCUGUGGGAAGAACAUCAUCCCUGUGGCUGACCAUUUUGAGUGGCCUGAUCCACAGGAUCUUCCUGAGGACAUGAGGGCUGUCCUGAAAUUUAACGGCAUCAAAUGGUCCCAUGAGUACCAGGAGGCCACAAUUGAGAAGAUUAUCCGCUUCCUCCAGGGUCGCUCAUCCCGGGAUUCUUCAGCUGGCUCAGAGAACAGCCUGGAGUGUGCAGCCCCUCUCGGGCAGACCUACAGCCAGGCAGUGCCGCCCCAUAUCCUCUAGGGCAGUGUUUGUUGUUCAACCAGGGACCGGCUUGCUGCUUUCCUAAACUGCAACAGGGAGAUCUCAGGGCGUGGCACCGGUCCUCGGCCCGGCAGCUGAGAAACAUGGUGCUAGGGACUUCCCACAAGAGCUCUCCCCAAGUGGGGUUAAAUCCUUCCCGUUAGAGCUUCCUGCUUCCAGGGCUUCCCUCUGGGCCCACUUCCCUGGCUCAGACAGUGCAAGAGGAAGGGCCCUUGGCUGGGGCAGCAGCAGCCGAAUAGCUACUCUCUAAUUACCCUCCCACCCUGGAAUCCAGCCCCGGCACCGAAAGGGGUGUUUGCCCCUUAAUGCAAAGAACACUUCCUAUCUGCCUCCUACAGCCUGAGCCUGUGGGGACGGACAAGAGGGCCCAUCUCAAUGCCCCGGGGGCAGGGAGACAGCUGUGCCCUUCCCUCGCCACGACGCCCACUCCUCUGACUCCACAGCCUGCAGAGAAAGUGAGGGAGAGCGCAGACCCCGCCCAGGCACAGUGGGGGUGGGGUCAGCCUGGGGCCCCACCGCCGCUCCUCUGGGCAGUGCCUGGGGUUGCCUGAGCAGCGGCCAGCGUGGCUGGUCCUAGAGCUGCCCCAGCUCCUCGGGCGGCCCUGGGCUCAGCCACUGCAGCUGCAGAAGUCCCAGAGGUCCCAGAAAGUCAUGGAAUCCAUCACCUCCGUGAAAGACUCACAGCCUUCCCCACGAGCUGUGUAUUCACGAGGACUUCACAAGGCAGCGUCACGCAGCUGGCACAGGCUGCCAUGUAGACUCCAGCUCCUGCACUUACACGCCCUUCUGGGUGCCUGGGGACCAUUACCAAGGGCAGCAGCUCAGGGAGCAAGUGGCACCACAAAGUGCCGAUGGGCAGGAGAGGCCAAAUGAAAGCAAAGCCCGGGAGCAAUCCCCUUGUUUUAUGUCAGGUCCUUACAACCUGCCUAGGUGGAGACCUCCCCUCCCCCCAUGCCAAACAGCAGCUCCUGCCCCCUCCUUGAGGCCUCUCACCACAUGGUGCCCGUCACCGUCAGGCCUGGGGAGCCCUUUGCUUCUAGCUCAGGUAGAAAUCUUUCCCGGGGGCCUUCGCAAAGUGCAUCUUGUUAUUAUCACCUGACGUCUCAGUUCUUGCCACUCCGGUACCAUUGUCAAGGUGCUGCCAGGCCCAUGUGUGCAGAGCACAAGGGCCGGGUGCAGAGCUGCAUGGUGCCCGGAGCGUGGAAGGACGUCAGCU